AAGUCAAGCCGGUCGUUGAAAAGAUUUUUCUCUGGUGAUGGUUAGGUCCGUCUGAUUGGGAUCCAAAUCAAAGCGUCCUUGUACUUGCAAUCUUCGUUCUUCCCACUUGGCACACAACUUUCUCUCUCGAUCUCGAUAUAUUUGCCUUCCAGACCUUCUCUUUCUUUGCUCUCCCUCGUUGCAACUAGUAGUUGCGUGACGAUCAUGACGAUUCCAGACUCGGGUUAUAUGAUGGAGAAUGGGGCAAUUGGAAUACCUUUUACACCGGAGGAAGAAAAGCGGAUCGUAACAGAGUUAACAAACAAAGCAGAGUCUAAUUUGAGACAUGGCAACUUGUAUUACGUUAUUUCUAAUAGGUGGUUCACAAGCUGGCAGAAAUAUACUGGGCAAGAUGUUGAUGCUUAUUUGUUUGACAAGUAUUCUACUGAUUCUCAGUCUUUUGUUUUGUCAAAGCCAGCAGAUAGACCUGGACCAAUUGAUAAUUCUGAUAUAGUUCUAAAUGCAAAUGACACUGUGGUUGAUGAUCUUGAGCUACACAGAACAUUGGAGGAAGGAUGUGAUUAUGUUUUAGUUCCUCAACUAGUGUGGGAGAAACUUUUUGACUGGUACAAGGGAGGGCCUGCAUUACCAAGGAAAUUGAUUUCACAGGGUGAUGUUAACAAACAAUUCAAUGUGGAGGUUUACCCCUUGUGCCUUAGGUUAAUUGAUUCUAGAGACAACAGCCAAUCAGUUAUCAGCUUGAGUAAAAAGGCAUCUUUACACGAGCUUUAUGAGAGGGUGUAUUCACUUAAACGGAUAGAACCAGGAAAGGCGAAUAUCUGGGACUACUUCAAUAAACGGAAACAUACAAUGCUGAAAGAUUCAAACCAGAUCCUUGAGAAAUCUGAAUUGCAGAUGGAUCAAGAUAUUCUUCUGGAGGUUGAAGUUGAUGGAUUUUGGCCCUCUGGAUUUGGCAUGGAUUCAACAGGAAAUGCAUUGGCUUUGGUUCCAAUAGAACCAUCAAGAUCGUCUGUGACAAUUGCUGGGGGCCCAACUUUGUCCAAUGGUGACUCAACCAGUUUUGAUUCCAAGUUUAAUCAAGGAAAUACAUUAAGUUUGGGUUUUGCAGAUAUGGAAGAUGGUUUUGACAUUUCAAGGACUGCUGUGAAAGCAGAUAAGGGAGGUUUGGCAGGAUUGCAGAAUUUGGGAAAUACUUGUUUUAUGAAUAGUGCUGUUCAGUGUUUAGUCCAUACUCCUCCCCUUGUUGAGUACUUCUUGCAAGAUUACAUUGAUGGGAUCAACAGGCAGAAUCCUUUAGGUUUGCAUGGCGAGCUUGCAAUUGCAUUUGGCGAGUUACUGAGAAAACUCUGGUCUUCUGGGCGGACACCAAUUGCCCCCCGUGCAUUUAAGGGAAAACUUGCUCGAUUUGCUCCCCAGUUUAGUGGGUUCAAUCAGCAUGAUUCUCAAGAACUCCUUGCCUUCUUGCUGGAUGGGCUGCAUGAAGACUUGAAUCGUGUUAAGCAAAAACCAUAUAUUGAGACAAAGGAUUCUGAUGGUCGCCCUGAUGAGGAAGUUGCAGAUGAGUGUUGGAGAAAUCACAAAGCUCGGAAUGACUCCAUAAUUGUGGAUGUUUGCCAAGGCCAAUAUAAAUCAACAUUGGUUUGCCCAAUUUGCAACAAAAUUUCAAUAACAUUCGACCCCUUCAUGUACUUAUCUUUGCCGCUACCUUCUACUCGGACAAUGACAGUAACCGUAUUUUAUGGUGAUGUGAGUGGUCUUCCAACGCAAUACACUGUUACUGUCCUAAAACAUGGCUUCUGUAAAGAUCUCAGUCAGGCUCUGAGUACUGCAUGCUGCUUAAGGAGCGAUGAAAUCCUGUUGCUUGCAGAGGUUUACGAACAUCGAAUAUAUCGAUAUUUAGAGAGCCCUUUGGAACCGUUACGUUCUAUAAAAGAUGAUGAACAUAUUGUAGCCUACAGGCUUCCAAAGCGGGCAGAAUUAACAAGACUAGAGAUAUGUCAUCAAGACUUAGAAAAAUGUUUGUCAGAUAAUUUCAAGGGCAGUGAGAGGAAACUUUUCUUGACACCACUGGUUACCUAUCUGGAGGACCCACAAACUGGAGCUGACAUCGAUCUUGCUAUUAGUAGAGUGUUGUCUCCAUUGAGAAAGAAAACUUAUUUUAGUUCAACUAUUGUUCAUAGUGGCAAGGAAAAUGGCUCUGCUGUGGAAGCUAUUGAUGAAUCAGCAAACAUCUACGCUACCCAUUCUGGACCUGGAAACCAGUCGAUGGACACCUUAGAACUGGAAGAAAUGUCCUGCAGGGAGUUGACCUUUCAGCUCUGCAUAACAGAUAACAGAGGCUUGAACUGCAGGCCUAUUUCAAAGGAUUCACUCAUAAAAACUGGUCAACUGGUUAAAGUUAUGCUGGAUUGGACUGAUAAAGAACACAAAUUAUAUGAUUCCAGCUACUUAAAGGAUGUUCCUGAGGUUCACAAGACCGAGCUUACCGUGAAGAAAACUCGACAAGAAGCUAUCUCUUUAUUUUCAUGCUUGGAUGCAUUUUUAAAGGAGGAACCUUUAGGGCCUGAUGACAUGUGGUAUUGCCCUCGUUGCAAGGAACACAGGCAAGCCACCAAGAAGUUAGACUUGUGGAGGUUGCCAGAUAUACUAGUCUUUCACUUAAAACGGUUCUCAUACAGCCGAUACCUGAAGAACAAACUAGACACCUUUGUGAAUUUCCCGAUUCACAAUCUUGAUUUAAGCAAGUAUGUGAAAUUUAAUGAUGCAUUCGGACAGUCUCAUGUAUAUGAGCUGUAUGCCAUUAGCAACCACUAUGGUGGCCUUGGUGGAGGGCACUACUCUGCUUAUGCUAAGUUAAUUGAUGAUAGCAGAUGGUUUCAUUUUGAUGAUGCCCAUGUAUCACCUGUUAGUGAAGCUGAAGUCAAGACUUCUGCUGCUUAUGUGUUGUUCUACCAAAGAGUUAAAGUCAAACAAAAUGUUGGAUUGGGAGAGCCAUCCCAGGGUCAAAUGAAUUCUUGAAGUCCAUCUCUGGGUGCAUGUUGGUGCAUUUUAAUUUUGCUUUCCAUUGGUUCUUGUGCCUCUGCUUUCUAUAAGAAAGUUGAUCUGAUGUAGAAUUUGGCUGCGAACAGUGUGGUGUUUGUUGUCUUGCAGAGGAAACUUGGUGGGGGCUCUUGGUUGAAGAUGAGAACAGUGGCUCGGGAACAUAAUACCAGGGGCAUGUAUUCAGUCACAUGGCACCUAGGUCAUGGCAAGGGGACUAGCUCUAUUUUUAUUCAAGUUAAAUAUACUUUUUAGAAAGAAAUUUUGGAUGGAUUUGUGGUACACUGAUAGGAUCCUGGAUAUUCUUCUUGUGAAGCCUUCUCUCUCACUUGCAGGUUAUUUAGUCCCCAUUUUUCACAGAAUACUUGUUCUAGCUACCAAGACACUUGUUUUGCUUCCCUUGCCUCCGUAGUUAAUUGGACAAACAGAGGAAAGUUAAAAUGCCAUUGUGCUGCUAUUGAUGUACUCAUUUGUGGUCCUUGUAUGUACUUUUAUGUGCUUGUAUUGGAAGGAAAAUGUUAAUGAUUGCAUAUGAGUUGUUAUUAGUCUUGAUAUAAGGCUAUGUUUGAAUGGCAAGAAUCUUGAAGGGGAUUGAAAAUCUCAUUACUAGUGAUAAAA